AUGCUUCCAGAUGAUCUAGUUCGCGAUGGAAUAGUUUUCGAAUUUGACAACUACUUUGAGUUUCUGAGAUAUUGGUUGGAUGAAAGCAAUAAAGUCCUUGUGAGGUUGAAUGCGACUUCGCAACCAAAACGAAUUGAAGACACUAUCACACCGACCACAUUAGCAGAGAAAUCUCGCAUCGUUCUACCAGCAGGAGUUUUCAACAGAAGUGAUCUCCUCCAUUGCGAUAUGGUGAUAAAAGGGCUUCCUCCAUGUGUAUUUUUUGGUAGCGGUUUUGGACACAGAGCUUCGCUUGCAAGAGUUGCUGCCGCUAAAGAUCUGGUUGACAAAUGUUGCCGUGUUGGGUUACUCACUGAAGCUUUACAUGCUUCCAUAGGAGACCAUCCUUUUUUCAAAAGAAUGGACCUCCCUAAAAGAGACUACAGUUUGGCGGUGGACGCUUUGGUUGAUCUUGACAAAAAGAUGUGUAAAAUUUCUUGGCCGUGGGAUAUCUAUUCAGCUAGAGAAGUGGAGCAGGACGUGCUGGACAGGUUGCAAACUGUAUUCGACUCGGUAAUGGGAGAUGUUUAUCUUCGCGACCCCAAUCAACGAAGAAUAUGGAAUGGUCUCAUGAAAACGAGUGGUUCAAAGAGUCCUGGACUAAGCGAUAGCCAGAGCAGGACUGGCUUUUGCCGUCGUUGCAAGCUUCGAAGUCACUGCGAACAAGAUUGUAGAGGUGAUUUUGAAGAGAGAAAAAAAGGACCGUCUAACUCUACCGCUUUACCUAUCUGGAAUGCAGAACGACGCUAUGAACGCGGUCGUAAUGAUCAAUAUUACCCCUAUUGGGAUGAUCAGAGCAAUUCUAAGGAAUACACUCCUGAUGAGAUAGCAAGCAAGAUAGCUCAACAACGAGAGGAAUUACUACGUAGGGAGAUGAUAAUCAGAAAUUCUGCAGAAGGAGAGACACCAUUUUUAGCCCAUGCUUCCUUAUCGCAAUCAGCUUUAUCACACCGAAGAAGUAGUUUGUCCGAUCCCCUGAUGCCUAACGAACAGGAGAAUGCAGAUCGCAAAGAAGACGAACUUCGCGCUAGACUGGCAGCAGAAACUUUCAGAAUGGAGGAAGAACUACGUUUGAAGGAAAAAGAAAGGGAACUGGAACGCCGAUUAAAACAAGAAUUUGAGGAAAAAAAAAGAACUUUGGAGGAAGAAAUACGUAAACAAGUGCAACUGGAAGAACGCGCAAAGCUGCAGAUGGAACUAGCUCAGCAACGAACGCUUCAGGUUCCGAGUCAGUCGUUCUCAAUGGCGUUGCAAUAUCCUGGUACUUCAUCUAUGCCUCCUGCUUCCUUUGCUACUUAUGGCGAGGUUAACUUUAAUGAAGCCACUUAUGGAAGAGAGGGUGCAGAGUGUGGUGGAGAGCCUGGUCCAAGCUCCUACACAUCCGCUCCUGACUUCGAACUGGAGGAGAUCAAACGUUUAAUCAAGGAAACCGAGGAGAAACUUCUUGAUCUGCAACGUAAUGCUCGAGAAGCAGAGUUGUCCGUCAUCUUCCAGUCACGAGCAUUUCAAACGGUUUCAGAACUUGGCGAUAAUGCAUACCUGCUAGAUCGUAAUCAAAAGCAGUUUCUUUUGCGCGAGCUAAAAGAACUUCUCAGUCACGCAGGACCGAAGGAAAGGGAGCUGAAAACUAGGGAAAGGUAUGACAGACAUAGUGCAGAGAAAUCAAGAAGGAGAAGCACUUAUCGGCAUCACGGCCGCACUUCAUCUGUUCAGUCAAGAUCUUUAAAACAUCAAAGCAACUAUAAACACUCAAAAAAAGCACAAACCUACAAAGAGGUGCGUCAUCAAAUUGGUGGUAUCACUUUGCGAAAUCUCACUCCAGUUGAGCAACGUCAUCUGAAAGUGCGUGACAUCGUUGUUGCCCAUGAUGAUACCACUGGGAAGUGGACAACUGCUCACGUUGCGAAGAUAUCCGGUGACACAGCAACACUUACUGUUGGCAACGCAACAUGGAAGAAGGGUAUCCAAGAUUUGUUCAAGGAAGUCAAUGAGUGGUCUUAG